AUGGCUUCUCCCCUGUUCUUCCUCUGUCUCAUGCUCUGCAUUUCAUACUCAUACCAAAUGGUUCUAAUGCCCCUAACACACACAAUAUCCAAAACCCAAUUCAACAGCAUCCACCACCUCCUCAAAUCAACCUCCACUCGUUCAGCAUCACGCUUCCACCGCCACCGCCAAAACGCAGUCUCUCUCCCGCUCUCUCCGGGAAGUGACUACACACUCUCCUUCAACUUAGGCUCAAACCCUUCGCAACACAUAACACUCUACAUGGACACGGGAAGCGACAUCGUGUGGUUCCCUUGCGCUCCCUUCGAGUGCAUCCUCUGCGAAGGAAAACCCAAAGCAACAAAACCCCCAAACAUCACGCACUCCAACGCCGUUUCGUGCCAAUCCCCUGCAUGCGCCGUAGCACACUCUUCCAUGUCCCCUCACGACCUCUGCGCAAUCGCACGUUGUCCCUUGGACGCAAUCGAAACCUCGGAUUGUUCUUCUGCCACGUGUCCACCCUUUUACUACGCUUACGCAGAUGGAAGCUUCAUCGCGCGCCUCUAUCGCGAUACUCUCUCUAUGUCUUCUCUUUUCCUAAAAAACUUCACCUUUGGUUGCGCCCACACCGCACUCGCCGAACCCAUUGGCGUAGCAGGUUUCGGUCGGGGCUUAUUGUCUCUCCCUGCUCAACUUGCUACCUACUCCCCGCAACUGGGUAACCGGUUUUCCUAUUGUUUGGUCUCUCACUCGUUCGACGGAGAACGGGUUCGCAAACCGAGUCCACUCAUUAUUGGACGCUACGACGGCGCCGGCGAAUCGAGUGAUUUUAUUUACACGUCCAUGCUUCGGAACCCAAAGCACCCUUAUUUCUACUGCGUGGGACUCGCCGGAAUCUCCGUCGGUAACCGGACAAUUCCGGCGCCGGAGAUGCUGAGGAGGGUGGACGGAAGGGGAAACGGCGGCGUGGUUGUUGAUUCCGGGACCACGUUCACGAUGUUGCCAACUAGUUUGUAUAACUCGGUGGUGGCUGAGUUUGAUCACCGAGUGGGGCGAGUUCAGAAGCGCGCGAGUGAGGUUGAAAAGAAAACGGGUCUUGGGCCGUGCUAUUAUUUGGACGGGUUGGUGAAGGUUCCGGUGGUGACGUUGCAUUUUGUUGGUAAUAAUUCCAAUGUGGUGCUGCCAAGGAAGAACUACUUUUACGAGUUUUUGGACGGUGGUGAUGGCGCGAGGAGGAAGGGGAAAGUGGGGUGCAUGAUGCUGAUGGACGGUGGUGAUGUGGCUGAUUUAAGCGGUGGACCCGGGGCCACACUUGGAAAUUACCAACAGCAAGGCUUUGAGGUUGUGUAUGACUUGGAAAAGCAACGCGUGGGGUUCGCCAGGAGGCAAUGCGCGUCGCUUUGGGAUAACCUUAACAGCGAGAAAAGCUAGUACCUACUCUGCGCUGCUUACCACUGGAUUAUUCUGGUGAGGG